UCUCUCUGUCUCUAAAACAAAAAUAUCCUCCAGAAAUCCAAUAGAAUCGAACGCUUGAGCAACAAGGUUUUUAGAGAGAGAGAGAGAGAGAGAGAGAGAGAGAUCGGUUAUAUCAGCAGCUAUGGAACCACCGAGGGUGACGCAAGCAGUCGGUGGCGGCGCUUCAGCCGAUUCUGUUGAAAUCCCACACCCUUUGUGUCAGGACUCUCCGGCCAGAGAUUCAAUUCCCACAGAAUGGACAGAUGAGAAGCACAGUUUGUACCUAAAGUCCAUGGAAGCAUCCUUUGUCAACGAGUUGUAUAGUUCAUUUGAUUUACUUGGUUGGCGCUCUCAAAGGGAGCACUCAUCAGAUCCAAAAUUGUCAGGGAAAAAGCAUGCCAGUUCUCGUACUUCUUCUUGCCAGUUCAAGGUUCUUCAAAGUGGAUGUUGGGGAAAUAUCAACUUUGCAAGACAUGAGUCGCAGUUGGAAAAGGCAGAGGGGAAUGGGGUUAUUUUAGCAAAUCCAUGGAUUCGACAUUUCAGAUCUUCGCAACGAAAACAACUUGUAAUAUCUUCUACUCUUCAAGGAAAAAGUACAUUUGGAAGUCUGGCUGUCCGUGUGAGUGGGAAAAUGGCAUUGACCUCUGCUGCAUUAGCUUCCAAUUUGGAGCAACUUCCCGCAUCUCACUCUAAUUUUAGGCACUAUGAUGAUCCAGUUGACAGCAGUAAUACAGAGAUGACUGGUCAAAACUUUGUUGAUGAAGAUACUGAAGUAGAGAAGGCAAGCCAUAUGGGCAAUGCGAAGAGGAUGAGAACUUCAGUUGUUUCCAAUCCUAGCAAUGAUCAAGUUGUUCCUUUUGGGAAAUUUCCAGCAAAUGAUGUUAGCAGCAGUAAGUUGAAAUAAACCAAUGAAGAUGGCUUUCCAUGAUUGGAUUCAACUAGUAUUCUAACCCGGAAAACGAAGGGAUGAUACCCGAUCACCUAUUGAUAGCUGACUGCUAAUGGUGCUGUGGAAACACUAAGUGUGAGAAACAGAUCAUGACCUUGAACCCUUCGCUAUAAAGAGGAGGAUGAAGAUUACUGAUAAGAUGCUAGAACCCAUGGAUGCUGCCACGUUUCUACAUACUUACUGCUGCAGAGACUGUUAGAAGUUGGAGGAGAAGACUGCCAGAAAGGAGAGGUUUCGACUUUCGAUGAGGGUUUUUUUUUUUUUUUUUUUUGGGGGGGGGGGAGGGGUGUUUGUGCUAUGAUAGUUGAUGAUUGUGUUGCAUUCUUUUCCUCUCCAUGUUUUCUUUUUAUUUGGUUACGAAUUUCGUAGCUGCACUAAGUAUGUUGAUUAAGUGAUUUGUACAGUAGGCCCUUUCCAUCUUUCAUGGGAAUUGAGUUGGCAUAUUAUUGCUAGUAAUUUAUUUUUUUUACAUCUCCAAGAAAA